GGGUGUUCAAUGGGUAGCUAAUUCAAAAUGAGAUCUUUAAUUCUAUUCCUCGCCUCCUUCGUGACUAUUACGCGGGCUUUAUCCGAUAAUGGCAACGCGCCACUAUACAAGGAUUCGUCGGCUCCGGUCGAGGAUAGAGUAGCUGAUCUAUUAUCGCGGAUGACAAUCGAAGAAAAGACAGCUCAAUUAGUUCAAGGAGACUUGAGAAACUGGUUCGAUAUCAAAAAUGGAAAUGUCAACCAGACUGGCCUUGAAUGGAACAUGAAAUCUCGGGCUGGCUCGUUCUAUGUCGGCCUCGCCAUGCCCUGGGAGACGCUUAGCGAUGGCGUCAAAAUUGGACAGGACUAUCUGAUGCAGAACACGACGCUCGGGAUACCGGCUUGGGUUCAGUCCGAGGGCAUACACGGUUUCUUAAUUCCGAACGCCACCAUCUUUAAUUCGCCAAUCGCCCAUGCCUGUUCUUUUAAUCCAUCUCUGGUGGAGAAGAUGGCACAAGCCAUCGCCCAGGAAGCUCGUGCCCUAGGCGUCAACCAGAUUUUCGGGCCUCUCGCUGAUUUAGCUCGCGAAUUGCGGUUCGGCCGUGUGGAGGAAACAUUUGGAGAAGAUGGCUAUCUAACAGGAGAACUAGCCCAUGCCUACGUGAAAGGCCUCCAGUCAGGCAAUGUCUCGGCUAUGGUGAAGCAUUUUGCCGCAUUUGCGACACCUGAACAAGGUCUGAAUACCGGCCCCGUACACGGAGGAGAGCGAGAAUUACGAACUACAUAUCUUCCCCCCUUUAAGCGAGCGAUUAUCGACGGUGGCGCAUUUUCUAUAAUGUCGGCAUAUCAUAGCUAUGAUGGAGUUCCCGCCGUUGCCGAUAAACACACCAUGACCGAUAUAUUAAGGGGAGAAUGGGGUUAUAAGUAUUUCGUAAUGAGCGAUGCGGGAGCGACAGAUCGACUAUGCAAGAACUUCAAGAUGUGCAAAUCUAACCCUAUCGACUCUGAAGUUAUAGUAAACUUGGCGCUUCCCGCCGGAAACGACGUUGAAAUGGGCGGUGGAUCUUUCAACUUCGAGAAAAUCCCUGAAAUGGUCGAGUCCGGAAAGCUCUCAAUCGACAUCGUAGACCAAGCCGUCUCGAGACAAUUGCGCGCGAAAUUCGAAAUCGGUUUAUUCGAAAACCCCUUCACCGGCGUCGCGGCAGAAGACCAGGCCAAGUACAUCCACACACCAGAGACGAUCGAGCUCGCGAGACAACUAGACACAGAAUCCAUCGUCUUGCUCGAAAACCGCAAUAACAUCCUGCCCCUUAAAAAGGAUGCCAAUAUUGCUGUAAUCGGGCCCAUGGCCCAUGGCUACAUGAACUACGGCGACUACAUCCCGCACCCCGCGCAAACCUUCGGCACCACCCCCCUGGACGGGAUAACCGCCGCCAGCAGCGGCAAAGUGACCUACGCGCAAGGCUGCACGCGGUGGUCGACCUCGCAAUCCGACUUCCCAACCGCGAUCACCACCGCGCAAGAAGCCGACAUCGCAAUCGUGGUCGUCGGAACCUGGACGCGCGACCAAGACGAGCUCUGGGCCGGCCUAAACGCCACCACAGGCGAACACGUCGACAUCUCCUCUCUCGCCCUCGUCGGCGCGCAAGCGCCCCUCGUCAAAGCCAUAAUCGCAACCGGCACACCCACCAUCGUCGUAUAUUCCUCCGGCAAGCCCGUGACGGAGCCCUGGAUCUCGAGCUCCGCAGCAGCGGUGAUACAGCAGUUCUACGGGUCAGAGCAGGGCGGCAACGCGCUAGCCGACGUGCUUUUCGGGGACGCGAAUCCGUCUGGGAAGCUGAGUGUUUCUAUUCCGCGAGAUGUGGGGACUACGCCUGUUUAUUACGAUUACCUGAACUCGGGGCGCACGGGUGGGGGUUCGGAUGCGGGGGCGGUGGAUGAGGAUGGGACGAUGGUGUUUGGACAUGCGUAUGUGCUGGAUAGCCCGAUGCCGUUGUAUGAGUUUGGGUUUGGGAAGUCGUAUAGCACGUUUCGGUAUGCGGGUGUGAGGCUUGAUAGGAGGGAGGUUGGGUCGGGGGAUGUGGUGAGGGUGGAGGUUGAUGUGACGAAUGAGUCGGAGAGGGAUGGCGCGGAGGUGGUGCAGGUUUAUGUUGAGGAUGUGGUGGCUAGUGUUGUUGUGCCGAAUAAGCAAUUACGCGGGUUUUCGAAGGUGUUUGUGAAGGCGGGCGCCACGGAGACGGUGAGUGUCGAUAUCAAUGUCGCUGAUUUGGGGCUCUGGGAUAUAAAUAUGAAGUACGUCGUCGAACCUGGCGAUUUUGUUAUUCAUGUUGGGAGCUCGAGUAAGGAUAUUAGAGGAAAUGCUACACUUACUGUUGUUUGAUAGGCACGUACAUACACAAAUGACAUAGUACCUAAAGGUACGUGAAUAUAUACA